AUAUGACAAACAGAAGCUACCGGAAAUAAGCAGCACAUGCGUUCGACGCAUUCAGGAGCUACACUACGUGCGAAAUUCUUCUCGAUGCACCUAGUAAAAAAAACCAGAAUAAGCCCACAUUUAUAUAUACAUUUUCUCGAAAGUGGAUAUUACAGAGCUCAAUAUCAAAAAUGUCCCGGGCAACUAAGCGCAAACAUGUGGUUAAGGAAGUUCUUGAAGACUACGUCACACCCAGCGAGAGCCAGCAGAUCAUGAGGAUCUUGGGAAGCAAUGGCAAUAACCUCCAUGAGGCUGUAACUGAGAGCGGUGAGAAAUUUCUGCUGAGUAUGCCCACAAAGUUCCGCAAGAACAUCUGGAUCAAAAGAGGGGACUUUGUGAUCGUGGACCCUAUUGAAGAGGGAGACAAGGUGAAAGGAGAGAUCAGCUUCAUACUGUAUAGGGACCACGUCCAGUACCUGAGGAAACUUGGUGUCUGGCCAAAAGGAUUUGAGGCGGGUGGCGAGUUUGAGGAGAGAAAGGAGGGACCACAGAACGGACAGGGAGAGGACAAAGAGAGGGAGCAGGAAGAAGAGUGCGACAGCAGUGACUCUGAGGAUGACGGUGACCUUUUUGUGAACACAAACCGAGCCACUGUUCACUAUAGUGAGAGCGAUGAAGACUCUGAUGAAGAUGAUGAUGAAGAGGAGGAGGAAGAAGAAGAAGAGGAAGGACCAGAGAAUCAUUAGGUAUGAAAUUCUGGACAUUAAAAUAAGGGAUGCUGUGAACAGCUUUAAAAAAGUUGCACCAGAUGCCAACUUUGGUUCAGUUCUUUGCUUUGUGGACACUCAUUAUGUAAAAAAAGGAAAAGCAAACAAACAAAUGCACUAUGCAGUUUCUUAAGCCCUUAUUAAAGCUGAACCUUGACUAAAAAGGAUUUCAGUGCAUGAAUCACCACUGGCAUUGAAAUUUGUUAGGUUCUGUACAUAUUUCAGAGGCUUGACACCUGAAAUAUUCCUUUCUAUCAUUAAAAUUGAUUAGACUGAUUUGAGAAAAGCUUCUUCCUGUAAUGAUUCAGGGUGAAAUACAGAUCUUACCACAGCAGCAUGAUUCAUAAUGUAUAGAACAUUUCAAGCUGAUUCCUCGUGUUGACAGGAAUGCUUUAUUUGUAUCAUAAUUUAUGUACAUAUGGCAAUAAAGUUUUCUCCUUGUUUUGUA